GGGAGCGCCCGGGAGGAGCGAGGGCUCCUCGCGAAAGUGCCGGCAGCGCCCGGAAGCGUCCAGAGGCCCCGGUGCCGGGAGAUGGGGAGGCCGCUGGGGGAACUACGACGACUCCAACGAUGACGCAAUAGCCAUGCAAAAUUAUACAUAUAUAUAUUUAAACUCCACCCGGAAGGCAAGAUCCAUCGGCCUCUGCGUACACCACAGAACUAGAAACCGGGACGGAAGAAAGGAUUAAAAAAAAAAAUUUUUUUUUCAUGAAGGCGGGUAGAAUGAUGGGGGAGGGGGAGGGGGCGACCCUGGGCUAGAAAGUAGGGACUCCUGGCUUAUUGCUUGGGCCCCCUUCCCACAACCACCCAAGCCGUUCGCAGCAGAAGCUUGAGUCCUUUACUCUGAAACUGGUGACUAAGGGAGUUACAGCAUCUUGAAUCAUGGAAGCACCCACAACCAGCCAGAAAAGGGAGAAGACACGGCUGGCUUUGGACCCCACAAAUGGACCUUUGUUCCCUCUGGACAUUCUCGGAGGCCCCCUGGCAGUCCCCAGUGCCCCUCGAAGGUGUUAGGUUGUGAUCCCUGAGGAGCCACACACUAUGGUGCUCUAAGCUGUGGCCUACGAUCCAGGCAGCAGCCCCUAUCCCCCUGCCUGGGCAAAGCCUGGAAACAGCGGGGUGCCCAGGUCCCUUUCGCUGUCCGUUAGUGCCGCUUUGACCAUCAGGCACUGGGGGAGACGGGUGGAGGAGAGGAGGUACUCUUGCGCUGACGCUGCACCCCCUGCUGACAUGAGAGAAACCACUUCCUUUCAUUGAUUCACAGGGUUAGAAAACGCUGUGUGGAGAGGCAAUGCAGAAGUCAACUGGACCAUCUUCCUUAGACGCCUUGGGUUGUAGCCCCUGCUAGAGAAGGAGAUCCUUUGUCUUCAAGGAAGUUCCUGGAAGAAGCAGAGUCACUGAGAAAACAAGACACUGAAUUCACCUCUGAUUCUAUCAUGGAAAUAACCAUGCUGUCGUUGUUUUGAGAAGAAGUCCAGAGGUCAAGGAAGUGGCAGGGCUCAAGCUGGGCCUGAAAAUAGAGGCCAGCCUGCCCCAGAGCUGAAGCCCACGGUACGCCAACUUCAUUGAGAUUCUGAGCAUGUGAGGGAAGCCCCCAGCACGGCCUGUGUGCCAAGGAAAUCCCUCUUGGCCUCCUCUCACCGACUUGGCCAGCCUUCUCCGGUGACAGCCUGGCUCUUCAGAUCAAGCUGCCUGGGCAGACUGCGAGGGUCUGCAGAAAGAAGGCAGAAACAUGCCAGGUUCCAAUGUGUGUUCCAAGUUCCACAUUCUGCCUGCGGACUCCGGGUGCUGGAGCAAAGGCUGGAGCAGCCAUGGCCCUGAGUGAUGCCGAUGUGCAGAAGCGGAUUAAGCACAUGAUGGCUUUCAUUGAGCAGGAAGCCAUUGAGAAGGCAGAACAAAUAGAUGCCAAGGCUGAGGAAGAAUUCAACAUCGAGAAAGGACGCCUUGUGCAAACCCAACGACUAAAGAUUAUAGAGUAUUAUGAGAAAAAGGAAAAGCAAAUAGAGCAGCAGAAGAAAAUCCAGAUGUCCACCAUGAAGAGUCAGGCAAGGCUGAAGUUAUUGCAAGUCCAAAAUGACCUCGUUUCAGAGUUGCUAAAUGAAGCAAAGCUGAGACUCAUCAGGAUUGUGGCAGACCCAGGAGUCUAUCAGGAGAUGUUGUAUAAAUUGGUGUUACAAGGUCUGUUCCGACUGCUGGAGCCUGAGGUGAUUAUACGCUGUAGGCAACAGGACUACAUCCUGGUUGAGGGUGUAGUGAGACAAGCCAUCCCUCAAUACAAUACUGUCUCUAAAAAACAUGUGAAUGUCCAUCUUGAUGUAGAGAUGCACCUGUCUAUGAAUUCAAUGGGAGGUGUGGAGGUCUACAGUUGCGAUCAGAAAAUAAAAGUUUCCAAUACUCUAGAGAGUCGACUAGAUCUCUUAGCCCAUCAAAAGAUGGCAGAAAUCCGAAGGACCUUAUUUGGAGCCAAUCCCAACAGAAAGUUUUUGAUAUAAACCUCUAGAAAAUGAAGCUCGUGUUGAACUUCUGAGCCAUAAAAGCAUGUUAUUAAAACAAAUAAAACUAGUCAU